GCGCGCAGACACAGACAGUCUGGAGACGGAGGACACGCGGACACACCGACUGACGGAGCUCCAUCACCGCGGACUCAACAGCUGAUCCGAGCCGAGAGGAGCGCCCCGAGUCCCGCCCCUCCUCCUCAGGUGACCAUGUCUGUACUUGGCCCUGCCCCCAGCAGCGCCGACGCCUGUCUCAGCAUCGUCCACAGCCUGAUGUGUCAUCGGCAGAGCGGCGAAAACGAGGGCUUCGCUAAGCGGGCCAUCGAAAGUCUGGUGAAGAAGCUAAAGGAGAAGAAGGACGAGCUGGACUCGCUCAUCACUGCUGUCACCACCAACGGCGUCCACCCCAGCAAGUGUGUCACCAUCCAGAGGACGCUGGAUGGGCGGCUGCAGGUUGCAGGCAGGAAGGGCUUCCCUCAUGUCAUUUAUGCCCGUCUGUGGCGCUGGCCCGACCUCCACAAGAACGAGUUGAAGCACGUCAAGUUCUGCCAGUUCGCCUUCGACUUGAAGUACGACAGCGUUUGCGUGAACCCCUACCACUAUGAGAGGGUAGCCCCGCCCUCCUCCACAGGUCCUCCGUCUCUGAUUAAGGACGAGUUCAUGCAGGACUGCCUCCAGGUGGACCUGCAUCCUCACAGUGAUCCAUACAGCCAGCCCCACCAUGUCCUCUAUCCCAGCAUGCGUCUGUCUCCUCCAGGACGAAGCACCAUGGCGAGUCUUACCACCAGGUGUGUCGGCGAGGCUCCAGAGGGGCCCGGUAUGCUGCAGGUCACCCUGCCUCAGAACCACCAAGAGGGGCCCUCUCCACCUCCCACCCCCCAGCCUUCUCACACGCCCACCCCCACCUCCCCCCACCAGCCGAGCCCCUCUAAACCUGACAGACUCGUCUCCUAUGUUUCUACAGCCACCUGGACAGGUAACAGCCCUGCCCCCUAUGCCUCUGCAGGACAUCAGCACAGUGGGCGGAGCCACACCCAGCAACCGCCAAUACAUCACCAACACCACAUCCCCAACACUCACUUCUGUAUGACGUCAUACAUUAGACCAGGUAAACCAGUUCUUGUCGGUUCUGUAGAACUUAAGUCUGAGUUUGUCUUUAUUCCUGCAGGGUCACAGCAUCACAGCACCGCCCCGUACCCACAACCUGUGACCAACCACCCAGGUCCAGAGUUCUGGUGCUCCAUCUCCUACUUCGAGUUGGACGUUCAGGUCGGUGAAAUGUUUAAGGUCCAGUCCAGCUGUCCUCUGGUGACGGUGGAUGGAUACGUUGACCCUUCAGGAGGAGACCGUUUCUGUUUGGGCCAGCUGAGUAACGUCCACCGCACUGCUGCCAGCCACCGGGCCAGGCUCCACAUUGGUCGAGGUGUCCAACUGGAGUGUCGAGGGGAGGGGGAUGUCUGGAUGCGCUGCCUUAGCGAUCACUCUGUGUUCGUCCAGAGCUACUAUCUGGACCGGGAGGCGGGACGAACACCAGGAGACGGAGUCCACAAGAUCUACCCUGGAGCUUACAUCAAGGUGUUUGACCUGCGUCAAUGCCACAGACAGAUGCAGCAGCAGGCGGCAGCAGCUCAGGCAGCAGCAGAUACUCGGGCGGUUGUCGGUGCGAUUCCUGGUCUGAACGGUGUGGGGGGAAUCCCACCUGCCGUCGGUGUGUGCUCAGCAGCAGGUCUGGGUGUGGAUGACCUGCGCAGGUUGUGCAUCGUGCGGCUGAGCUUCGUCAAAGGUUGGGGGUGUGACUACCCCCGACAGAGCAUCAAAGACACUCCCUGCUGGCUGGAGGUGCACUUGCACCGAGCGCUGCAGCUGCUCGACCAGGUGCUGCACACGCUGCCGCCACGGGAACACACACUCUGAUGUCCUGCAUCGAUGCACACACCAACUACUGACGACUCGUGUCUGAAUCACCUUCCUGAUGACACCUGAACUCACACAGGUGUCGUCAGCACACAGCAGCUGCUCAUUGGUUGGCAGAAACCGACUGCAGACAUUCAGCCAACCACAGCUUUGCAUCCUGCCUGUCUUUUAGUUGAGUUGCCAUGGUUAUAGCAGCAGAGGGUCCGUUCACAUGGAGAGAUUUGACUGUAUAAACUUCCACCUCAGUGGUGCCCCUUGUGGCUAAUUUCAGUCCAGGCCCUUCGCCGCGCCCCCACCAGUCAUGUUCACACCUGAAGCUUUGAUCUUUGUGGAAUCAGCUGAUCCAGACUCAGAUUCAGGAUGAACCCGUCCAGAACUCAUUGAUCUGUGUGAACGGAUCAUUAACUGCUAGAAAAUGUCAAACUUCUUAUCGGCUGAGACCAAAAACCAGAAGUUCUUCAUGUUUUUAUUUCAGAUGAAGACGUCUGACGGUUAUUUAUUUCUGUUGAUUUUCCACCAAAGACUUUGAUGACAUAAAAAUAUCUUUUAACGUUAUGAUCCAGCAUCGUUCUGACCCGUCAGCUUAUUUAUGCUGUCAUCAGGAUUUCCUUUGGACUCAUUUUUUCAGCUUUUUAUCACAUUUAACAUUUGAAAUGUUUUUAUACAGAAAGAAUCUAACUGUGUAACAUCUGCUGUUAAUUCAAACUUUCAUCUUUAAAAUAAACUAUACCCAUCCUCCUCCUGC